AUGCUACACACCUUCACUGCACUCCCCACUUCACUGGAUGGGGAUGCGAUCACGUACACACUCGGCGAUCCAUCUUCCGACCCGAAGACAACCGCUCACUCUCUGACCAUCCUGACAUACCUUACUCCAUCGGACGAUACGCAUCCUUGUCUACUCAAUGAUCGAGUCGACAAGGGUUACAAAUGUGUCCAAGAUGACAGGCUCCAGAGCACACUCGGCAAGCAGGAGGGGAAGUUCAACCAAGUCACCGUCGAGUUCACAGGAAGCGAGCGCACACCGGCUGCAGAUCGCGGUGAGGAUGAAGACGACGCAACCCACCCAUUCCCAUACUGGGCGUUCCGUGCAUUGGAGGGUCUUGGACCUGUCGACUUCAUCCACCGCAAUGCAGACGGUCAGGCAGCGCAAUACAUGUGCCGAUCGGAUGUGAAACAAGCCACGUCUUUCGCGGAAGGGAUAUCGGAGAGAUGGGGGGCGAAGGAGACGUCCGGGGCGAGUGUCGGCGGGAAAGACUUCAUCAUCGGCGAAUGGGUCGAGGCAGCCCAGCUGGAUCAGGACUGGCUGGCUGCGCAGCUCAUCACCGACGGGUGGAAGAAGACUGGACCAUUCGAGAACCACUGCACUCUGGUGCGCGGUAGCCGAGCUGAUGCCGAGGCAGUUGCGGAGGCUGGGGGUUCCGAUGUUGAGACGGCGCACGAAGAAUUACUUGCUGAGGUCAGGGAUGCGGUCCUCCUCGAGUUGAAUUGGAACCGAUGGGCACCCAUAUCUGAUUCGGGUUACGAUGCCCGCAACCUUGCGGAGUUUGUCAACGAGAGGGUCAGCGUGAUGUGGGCGGACGACUUCAAGGCUACAACCCAUGGCCAACGUCUGCAAGUACACGAGUCAAGAAUGCCCGGUGUACUCGCCAACAUCCGCGCUGAAGUGGAGAAGCGAGCAGAAGAGGCGGCCAGGUCGUGCCAGCCGGCCAGUGAACCAUCGUGGAAUUGA